AUGGCGCCGAAACAACGUAUGAAAGUCGCGAAUGAGUUCUACAGCAAAAACGUCACUCAGCGAGGCAACGUCGCAAAAACUUUGAAGCAACAAGAAGACAAAUAUGCUGCAGCGCCAUGGCUAAUCGGACUGUUUGUUUUUGUUGUAUGCGGUUCAGGUAAGCGAUUUUGCAUAUUUUUUUCUCAAAGUAAAUUUUAUUUCCGGUAA